AUGUCACUCGGAAGAUUUUUGAAGCCAGUGCACGUUGUGAGGACGGUCAGAGCACAGUCGACUCAAGCCAAGUCCACGCAAGAAUAUGUGGAGAAACCGGUGCCUACAGUACGACCAUUGUAUCUCGAUGUACAGUCAACAACACCAAUGGUGAGAUUAUGACAAAACUUAAAAGGUUUAUUUUUAGGUUAUACAGAAUAGUAUAAUCUUAUAUCUAUAAGAUCAAAGCUAGGAAUGUCAGGUUCUUAUUAUUCCCCCUCUUUGUCAGGUUCUUAUUAUCUGACCCUCAUUUCAGGACCCACGUGUCGUAGACGCCAUGUUACCAUAUAUGCUGAACGACUUUGGUAACCCUCACUCCAGAACCCACUCCUACGGCUGGGAGUCGGAAGCCGCGGUGGAGCGGGCACGACUUCAAGUGGCAGAACUAAUCGGAGCUGAUCCUCGAGAAAUUGCCUUUACUUCUGGAGCUACAGAAUCGAAUAACUUGUCUAUCAAAGGCGUGGCCAAGUUCUACAAAAACGCUGGCAAAACUCACGUCAUCACAGCUCAGACGGUAGUUUUUUUACUGAUUUGCAUACUUAGAAUGACACGAUUUAUUAAAAUUAAUGGUUAAAGUUCAGAAUUAACGAUAUAUUAUAAUUGAAGGAACACAAAUGUGUACUGGAUUCGUGCCGAUAUCUGGAGAACGAAGGGUUUCAAGUAACUUAUUUGCCUGUUCAAACUAACGGUCUGGUCGAUUUGGAGCUUUUGGAACAGUCGAUGACAGAAAAGACGGCGUUGGUGUCGAUUAUGGCUGUCAAUAACGAAAUUGGAGUUAGACAACCGCUUAAGGAGAUCGGUAAGUAUUGUUAUCUAAAUUUUUGAAAUAGUUUUAAAAGCUGCUUGUCAGCUUUGAAGAUUGACUUUGUGUUUUGUAAAUCAGAUCAGAAGGGUUACUUUUAUAGUCUCUCGGAUCUUGGACUCAUGUUGACUAUAAAGCGUGUUUCAUUACAACAAGUUGACUGUAAGGAAAGCUUAAUUACUUAAUAUUUUAGGGGAAUUAUGCCGCAAGAAAGGAGUCAAAUUCCACACAGAUGCAGCUCAAGCCGUAGGCAAAGUGGACAUUAAUGUAGAUGAUCUUAAACUCGACUUGAUGUCUAUUAGUGGCCAUAAAAUCUAUGGACCUAAAGGUAUGUUGCAUAUAAUAAUUAAAAAGUUUUUAAAAAUAUGAAUUUAGGAAUGAAAAUGGGACAAAAAGGUUGUGUAAAACUUUAUUGGAAUAUUCAAAUAAUUCUGUGCCUACUCUGGAAAUUUGCUUCGGGGCGCAGAAUUAUUUGAACAACCUAAUAAAUUGUUAUAUAUAGUUGUUAUAAAACUGAAUUGUCAAUUACAGUUUAUGAAACUUCCUUUUCAGGAGUUGGUGCCAUUUACGUCCGCCGAAGGCCUCGUGUUAGAAUCGAAGCUCAAAUGAGCGGUGGCGGGCAAGAACGAGGUAUGAGAUCAGGCACACUACCUGCCUUCCUUACCGUAGGGCUAGGCGAAGCCUGCCGAAUUGCCUCAAAAGAACACGAGUUCGAUUUACAACAUGUGAAGAAACUUUCCGACCGGCUGAUAAACGGAAUCAACGCCGAAUUAGAGAUGGUGAUCAGGAAUGGAGAUCCGGAUGCUUGGUAUCCAGGAUGCGUGAAUCUGUCAUUUGCUUACGUGGAAGGAGAAUCAUUAUUGAUGGCUUUGAAGGAUGUAGCACUUUCUUCUGGAUCAGCGUGCACUUCUGCUUCACUCGAACCGUCGUAUGUCUUGAGGGCGAUUGGAGCUGACGAAGAUUUGGCGCAUUCAUCGAUUCGAUUUGGCAUUGGAAGGUUUACUACACAGGAGGUAUGAUAUUGAAGUGUAGUGAAAAGAUAUAGUAUUAUUAUACUACUCUGUAUUUCCUAAAAAAUACCCGGUUCUAGUCUAGUUGUGCACAAUUUUUAACUUAAUAUGCAAGUUUUUAACGAAUUACUCAAAAAAUAGGGACACUAUUUUAUGACCCUUAAAUUUUAGGUUUUUAUGUUUUAAUACUUACAAAUGUUUACAGGAAGUCGACUACACGGUCCAGAAAUGCGUCAAAGAAGCUGCACGCCUACGCGAAAUGUCGCCAUUAUGGGAAAUGGUCCAAGAAGGUAUCGACCUGAAGUCAAUCCAAUGGACUCAACACUAA